AUGGAUCCGAAUCCGCCGCCCUCGUCGUCGCCUUCUCGUCAGCCGCAGCUGCUCCACGACUCCGCUACGGCCGCCACCGCUCCUGGCCGCAGCCAGCAAGCAUCCCUCGACCCACGUCGCCAAUACGACGAUGCGGCAAGACCAGCGACGCCAGCAACGCCAGCGGAACCGCAUCGUCCGCAAGAUGAUGGUCUCCGAACCCUGAACACUGCACCUUCGCGACGUUCGCUAGCAUCACUCGCCUCCCUGAGCCGACCAGUCAGCGCCGCUGCCUCCAACGUCAACCACGAGCAAGGUCGACUCUCUGAAGGAUCACGCCGCCCAAGUAUUCGAAUCCGACCAAGCACCGCCAGCUUGACAGGUCAAAACCCGCCGCCCGAUUCGGCACCUGUUGACGCUCCCCAAGCACAGCCACGUCCGAAGCAUGAGCCGUCGAGCGGGAAUAGGCCGAGGAGCAUCUCCCAGCCGGGACCCGCACCUCCGCCCGUCCCGAGGGAUGUUUCUCUUGGAGCAAGAAACUCAUGGCGGGCUCAACCGCACACGGCUCUUCCGCGAUUGACGGAAGAGGGACCGCGGCCAACCAUGGCAGAGCUGGGACUGGCGGGAGCAGGGCCUGCGGACACAUUGCCUUUCUCGCCGAGGGCUGCCGCCAUGCCUCUGGAACCGCCUCUGGGCCGGAGGCGUAGUGCAGGGGAAGCUGGGAUAGGCGAGGCCCAACACAAGCCGCAACGAUCGAGUCUUGUGGGCCGCAUCUUCCGACCCAACCUGAGACGGUCAAUGGUUGUUCAUCCCCCACCAGAGACUCGUGUCUAUGCUGAUCCUAGGCAUCCUGAUGAGUAUAAUGAGCAGUUGGUGGAUUGGCUGGAUAUCAUUGACCCCGAGGUACAGACUCUGUCCACCCUGACAAAUGUUCAAAAUUCUCUCUUCGUUCCGGAUUUGGGAAGCUGGGUCAACCGAAGACCUACCUAUGUCUUGUCCCAGCCUGUGCCGAGGCGCGAUGUGGUCCCACCGCCAGAGGAGCCCUCCAUCAGAGAAGAGCAGGAAUCCGAAGGAGACGUAAGAGGCAGGGAGGAAGAAGAAGAAGAAGAAGAAGAAGCGAGGCCGCGGGAAGUGGAGGGAGCUCCCAAACCACGUGUUGGACGUUCAGAUACCAUUUCUUCCCGAUUAAGCGAUUCCCACUAUGCCGCCCUUCCCCACGGUGAGACUUUGGAAGGCUGGACGGCGGCAGAAAAAUGGGAACUCGAUGACCAUGUCCGCCACAUGAUGCACUCGCGACGGUCCAAGUUCAAACGUCAGAUGAAGGGUUUCGGCCAAUACGUACGACGACCGCUCGGCUUCUUCGUCACCCUCUACGCCACGUUGAUUACCCUCUUCGGUCUCGCCUGGGUAUUGUUCCUCAUCGGAUGGAUCUACGUCGGUGAAGAGCAAGUGUAUGCCAUUCACAUCAUCGACAGCGUUCUGGUGGCCCUCUUUGCCAUUAUGGGUGAUGGCUUGGCGCCGUUCAGGGCCAUUGACACCUACCACAUGAUUUUCAUUGUCCGGUAUUGUCGCAUCAUUGCCAAGGCGAAGAAGAAGGCGGCCAAGGGUUUGGCUCGGCCCGAGCCAGGGGCGGGAGCAGCAGGCCAAACGCAAGGGGAGCCAGACAAGCCAGGCGAAGACACUAGUCAAUGGCCUGGCUUGCGACAGGGCAACAACACCCAGGUGGCACCAUCUGUCGCCGUGGACGAGGACAAACCUGACAGCCUCCCCAUCGCCUCGGACCUCGAAGACGCAAAGUCGACGGUGAGCUCACACUCCCCGGAAAUGGACUACCUCACACCCAAACAGCGCAGGUCCCUGCAGCACCACCAGAAGAAGCUGUCCAAGUCCCACUCGUUUUACAAACCCCACGAAACCCUUACUCACCACGCUUUCCCUCUGGGCCGCCUCGUUGCCAUCAUCAUCUUGCUGGACUGCCAUUCCUGUCUGCAGAUUUCACUGGGCGCCUGCACAUGGGGGAUAGACUAUCACCAUCGCCCGUUUGCCCUGACCACGGUCAUACUGUGUGUCAGCAUUACGUGCAAUCUGACGGCCGGCCUGGUCAUCAUGUUUGGUGACAGGAAGACGCGCAAGAAGGACGUGGUGGAGUUGCUGAACAGGCAGGCCUUGACGGGCGACGCCAUCAAAAAGGUGGAGAAGAAGAGGGGAAAGCAGGGACAGGAGACGGACAAUGACAGCGAGAGGUUUCUGACGGGGCAGAAUGGUGCGAACAACUAG